GAGAAAAAUGGGAGACAGCAAGGAGACGGAUUCUAAGAAACCUUCGUCAAAUUGGCCUCCCAUCAAACCCAAAAAGAAUCUUCAGAUUACCCGCUUCCGAGACUUUGAUCUCUUCACGGUCCAGAAUUUUUUCUCCUCUGCUGAAUCAAAGGCAUUCGUUAAAGCUGCGGAGGCAAUUGGUUUUGUUCAUCAAGGGAGUUUGGGUCCAACCAAAGGUGAAGCUUAUAGAGAUAAUGAUCGAAUCUCAGUGAAUGAUCCUGUCCUUGCAGAUACAAUUUGGGACUCUGGACUUCGCAAAUUGUUUUCUGACCUAAGAAUACGAGGGAAGGUCGCCAUAGGCCUUAAUCCGAAUAUUAGAUUCUACCGGUACAAGGUUGGUCAACGUUUUGGUCGACAUAUUGAUGAAAGUGUUGAUCUUGGAGAUGGGAAACGCACUCAUUAUACUUUGCUAGUGUAUUUAAGUGGUGGACCUGGUGACCUUAAGCCAAAGUCCAAAAAUAAUUCCAGCAACCCCACAGAUUCUUCUAUUGAUCCUUUAGUUGGAGGAGAAACAGUCUUCUAUGGUUCAAGAAAUAGCAUUGUAGCCGAGGUGUCUCCUACUGAAGGGAUGGCACUCCUGCAUAUUCAUGGAGAUAAAUGCUUACUGCAUGAAGCCAGAAAUGUCACUAAGGGGGUCAAAUAUGUGUUUCGGUCUGAUGUAGUAUUUGCUUAAACACAACGGUUUCCCUUGUAACCAUUAAUCUGGUGUAUUCUUUUCUUAUAGUCUUUCUUUUGUUCAACUCAUCACACACAAAAAUGUUGUAUCAUCUUGAUGUUCAAUGUUGGCAAGUCAUUAUGUAUGGGAACUUAUGGUAACUCUUUCAUAUUUGAAAUUCCACUAAAAUUAACUUCAA